UCAAAUUAUUAUUUUAAUAAUAUUCGAACGAAAAAAUCAUUUUCAUUCAUUUAAAAUCAGUCAAUCAAAUUUAUAAACGUCAAACCGAAUUAUAUUUUCUUUAUCUUUCUCUUUCUCUCUGGUGAAUCAUUCCAUUUUUUGUCUCAUCAUUAUUUAUCUUCAGGAAAAACAAAAAUGUCUAGCAUGCAAGAAGAUUCAAUCUAUUUAAAUGGUGAUUCAUCUCCUGACCAGAUUAAUGGUAAUGGUGAUGGUCAUGAUCCACAUGAAGAUUCAUUUUUAUUUGCAUCAGAAUCUGUUGGUGAAGGACAUCCAGACAAGAUGUGUGAUCAGAUUAGUGAUGCCAUUCUUGAUGCAUAUUUAACAGUGGAUCCAAAUGCCAAAGUUGCUGCUGAAGUGGCCACCAAAUCAAAUUUGAUAUGCGUAUUCGGUGAAAUAACAUCAUCGGCAACUAUCAACAUUGAAGAUGUUGUUCGUAAUACUGUCAAACGAAUUGGUUAUGAUUCAAUUGAUAAAGGUUUUGAUUAUCGUACUUGUGAAAUCAAAAUGGCUUUAGAAAAUCAAAGUCCAGAGAUUGCUUCGGGUGUUCACGUAAAUCGUCGUGAAGAAGAAUUAGGUGCCGGUGAUCAAGGACUCAUGUUUGGCUAUGCUACCGAUGAAACAGAAGAAUUUAUGCCUUUAACGGUAGUAUUGUCACAUAAUUUGAAUAAAAAAAUUGCUGAACUUCGUCGUAAUGAUGUUUUUCCAUGGGCUCGAGCCGAUAGCAAGACUCAGGUUACAUGUGAAUAUCGUUUUCACAAUGGAUCAGCUGUACCAAUUCGUGUUCAUACGGUUGUUGUUUCGAUUCAACAUUCUGAAUCAAUUACAUUGAUUGAACUUCGUAAAGAAAUCCUGGAAAAAGUUAUCAAAGUGGUGAUUCCUUCGAAUUAUUUGGACGAUGAAACUAUUUAUCAUAUUAAUCCAUGUGGAAAUUUUAUUAUUGGUGGACCAGCUUCAGAUGCUGGUCUUACUGGUCGUAAGAUCAUUGUCGAUACCUAUGGUGGUUGGGGUGGCCAUGGUGGUGGUGCAUUUUCUGGCAAAGAUCCAACCAAAGUUGAUCGAUCAGCUGCUUAUGCUGCUCGUUGGGUAGCUAAAUCACUAGUACAUGCCGGUCUUUGUCGAAGAUGUUUGGUACAGGUGUCAUACGCAAUUGGCAUUGCACAACCAUUGUCAAUAACGGUAUUUUCAUUCGGUACAUCUCGUUUGACACAAAAGCAAUUGGUACAAGUUGUCAAUGAAAAUUUUGACCUACGACCUGGCAUCAUUAUCAGAGAUCUUAAAUUGAAUAGACCAAUCUAUGAACAGACAUCUUGUUAUGGACAUUUUGGCCGCAAAGAAUUUCCAUGGGAAUGUCCAAAACAGCUCAACCUAAAAUCAGUGAAAUCAUCAUUGAAUGGUAAUUAUCCAACAAAUGGAAAUGGCAAUUAUAAUCAUCACUGAUAUCUAAUGAUGAUGAUUAAUGAUUACGAGAAAAACGAAAAUGAAAUUUUUCAGCAUAUAUUUAGGUCAUCUUUGAAUAUUUUAUUUCAAACAAAACAAAACAAAACAAAAACAUGCACUCAAUUAUAUUUACUAAACACAUAAAUGCAAAAUGCACGUUUCAAUUUAGACAUAUUAAACAAAAUGAAUGAAAUUUGAUGGGCA